ACAGGUUUCCACUACGCUAGCUCCAUAAUCAACUUCACGUUUUCCUUUCUUCUCUUCAAACCUGCUACUACUAUUAUAUUAUUGAUUAUAAUAUUUAUUUAUUAUUAUUAUAAUAUUUAUUUAUUUAUUUAUUUAUAAUUUUAUAUUAUUUCCUUUUCUGUGUCGUUUCGGGCUUCAUGGCUCUGCGUCGUUUUCCCUCUAGUUUCCACGCACGUAUCUUCUUCUUCGUCUUCAUUUUUUUCCACCUUCACCGCAUGUAUUACAAAGAUUCCUCCACUUUUACUCUAAACUCUCGAACUAACUUUACUUUUUUAGUUUCAAUUUCAAAACAAACGAGAAAAUAAGCCUUCUUUUGAGGUUUUUAUAUAGAUAUAUAUUAUUUUGGCUAGAUUUGGUGACUAGAUCUCGAACUAGGGUUUCAGUAGGUCGUCGUUGUGAUACUCAUCAAACGUAUGAUAAUUAAGGGAGCCUUGGGCGCUUCUAGUUGGGUAGUAGUGGAGGUUGUUCUUCAAUGAUGUUGAUUCAAUCAUUGUUAUUGCCGACAAAAGCGGAUUGGGACAUUGCACUGUUUGGUGGGGGGUGAAAAAAAGAAAAGCAUCAUCACCAUCAUCAUGUUGGAGCUGUUUUGUGAUUUUUGUGUUUGAUGUAGGAAGUGAGAAUUUGAGAAAGAAAAGAAAGGCUCUAUAGGGUGAAAGGACUUAAAGUGUAUAUGGUUUUUUGGAUGGUAGUGAAACUUGGUAGGUUGGAAUGAGUGGCUUAAGGCCUGAUCAUCAGUCUCCUCAUCAUGUAGCACAGCAAAUUCGGCGUGAUAAAUUGAGAGUCCAGAACAUUUCUCACCAUCCACAAUCACAGGAUUUCCCCAACAAUUUGGAACAAUUCAACUUGGAUCUUCUUCAAGUAAGGAAUGUUAGAAAUGCACACAACAUGCUUGAUGAUGAGCCUCACCCACCACCACCAGGUGUUUAUUCAUCACAAGUGUCCAAUUUCUUAUCAACGCCUUUGAACCCUUUGGAGUAUCACGAACUAGCUACUGUUGCAGCAGCUGAACAACCUAGUAGUAGUUGCAGUAGGGUAAUGAUGCAUCAAAGUGAACUGCGCAGUUUGGGGAAUUGGAGAAGCAGUGCUAACAGUAAUCAAGGGUGUGAUUGGUUUGUAAAUUAUGCAUCAGGAAGCAGUUCUAUGGCUAAUAAUGAAAGCAAUAAUCCCAACACUACUACUCAUUUGGCUACUGAGAUGAAUAAUGUGUCUUAUAACCAGCACUAUGAGAAGCCUAGUUGUUACAAUGAAUUCACAGAUGUAAUUGCUAAUAGAGAAAUUCAGAAGCAAUUGGGAGGAGGAGUACUUCAUCAUCCUUCUUCUUCAUCAUCGAUGUCGCCUUUUUAUCAGAAUACUUUGCAGGAUAUUGUCAAGUCCGCUUCUAUAAGUGCGCAAGGAUCAGACAACAUGGCCUCAUUGAUGCAGCAACCUGGCCAUGGAAUUUGGGUUGGAGAUGGUAGUGGACUUGACCUUCAUCCAAGCUAUGGAAACCAACCGAAUCAAUUUCGUUGCGCCGGUGGUAAUCCUUGGACGAAUCGAACAGUUGACAACGCCCUUCGAUGGAAUAGUAGUCCACUUGGUUUCAUAGACAAGAAGGAUGAUGAACACUCUGGACGACCUCUAAUGAGCAAUUCGAAUCCUCAGAACUUGUCUUUAUCACUGUCAUCAAAUUCACAAUCAAAGACUUCUGUGUCUCAAUUUGAGCAAGUGUCUGCAUCUGAUGAUCUUCAAUGUAAGGAUCCUCAGUACAUGAAGUAUGUAAGAGCUUUCAUGAAGCCAUCUAUAGUUUCAAGAGAUUCUGGGAAAUCACCUCAAGAUCCAGUGGGGGUGCCUUCAAGCACUAGCUAUAGGAAUGUAGGUCCCCUUGGCCCUUUCACUGGUUAUGCUACUAUUCUCAAGAGCUCAAGGUUCUUGAAAUCAGCACAACAGUUAUUGGAUGAGUUCUGCCGUAUAUCUAGUCCAAGAUUUUCAAAAUCACGUGAUGUCACACAAAGGUUAUCUGGAGAAGCUAGUGCUUCUACUUCUACUGAUGUUAUCACUGUCGAUAAUCAAACUGAGGCUGCAGCAAAAGAAGGUAGCAAUUCAGGUUCUUCAUCUUCUAUGUUCCAUGGUGCAAAUGAGAAUAAAGCAGAUUGGGGAACCGGGAGUGGUUCUUGUCUAUCUCCUCGGCCAGAUUACCAACAAAAGAAGGCAAGGCUCCUUUUCAUGCAAGAGGAGGUUACAAGGAGAUACAGGCAGUACCAUCAACAAAUGCAGAUGGUUGUUUCAUCCUUUGAGUCAGUAGCAGGUCUUAGUUCCGCCACUCCUUACAUCUCCUUGGCUCUUAAGUCGGUAUCGAGGCACUUCAAGUGCCUCAAAAAUUCCAUCUCAGAUCAGCUCAAACAUAUAAGUGAAGUGUUGGGAGAGGAUUUCUCAGUACCAAGAACCAGUACUUGUGGUAAAGAUGACACCGCUAGCAUGGGAAGAUUAAGUUGCAUGGACCAAAGCUUUCAAAAGAACAAAUCUGGGAGGGGUGGCACCGGCCUUGUUGAACCCCAGCAACAUGUCUGGAGGCCCCAAAGAGGCUUGCCGGAACAUUCUGUGGCAAUUCUCAAAGCAUGGUUAUUUGAGCAUUUUCUUCACCCUUACCCCACAGACACUGAUAAACACAUGUUGGCAACACAAACAGGUCUUUCACGAAACCAGGUGUCGAAUUGGUUCAUCAAUGCUCGAGUCCGAGUGUGGAAGCCAAUGGUUGAGGAAAUACACAUGCUUGAAACAAAAGGCACAACAGGUGCCAACAAGAACAACAACAAUCACCCUGGUACUGAAAAUGAGAGAGCUUGUGUUAAUGAAGAUGGUUCCAGCAGCCAACAGCAUAGAGUAAUGGAGGGGACUCAAAGCAAGUUCGACAUGCAUUCUUUGAUUCCUGAGAACCAACAGCAGUCUCACGAGUGUAUGGAACUUGAAAUGGAGUCAACAACCAAUGAAGAACAAUGGAGCCAAGAGAAGAGGUCUAAAUUGGAAUGUGAGAUGAGUUCAACAAGCAUGGAUGAAGGGUCACUCAUGAUGGGUUUUAUGCCAUAUAGCAGGCGUGAUCAUCAGGUUGGUGGGCUUGGAUCUGUGUCACUAACAUUGGGUCUAAGGCAUGGUGUUGAAGCUGUUGUGCAAAACCAACAGCAACAACAACAGUUACAAGAGGAGCAGCUUAGGCGUCACUUUGGAGGACACAUGAUCCAUGAUUUUGUGGGCUGAUUUUAAUUAUCUUAAUUACAUCAAUAUAUUAUUAUUAUUAUUAUUAUUGUAACUAAUUAACAAGUUGAGAUAUUAAUUAGAACACACCCUUUGCUAUUAUUGUUGUCACGUGUUAGUGAUAUGACAAACGAAAAUUUGUUACCACCAUUAUAUUUGCUUGAAAAGGAAAGGGAAGUGCUUUAUAUGGGAAUUGUAGAGAAUGUGUUUGUAGUCA